AUUACUUAAAUAACAUUUGUAACUUUUAUUUAUACCUUUCGAUCUAGAAGCGCACAAGAUUGUCAGGUGUGCCGUAUUAACAACAUGUCAAAAAACAUAAUAUGUUCUAGUGAACUUGCAGCACCAAUCAAAAGGAAAUCCUGUCGUCGAAUGCCAUGGAUGCCCCAUUUUGAAGAUUAUACUUCCUCCAACGAUCAAGUAAAAUCUGGUUAUCAGACAACAAGACUUGAACAUAAUGUACAACUAAAUCUAAAUUCUAAUCCUAAAUUAGCAAGAUUAACUAAAAUUAUGGUUACACUUGGUGUCACGAACUCUCAUUCCAGUGCUGUCGUCAAUAUGAUGAUGGCUGGUGCAAACAUUGUUCGUUUGAACAUGUCUCAUCAAGUGGAGAAAUGGCAUGCAAUCACUGUACAGUCUAUCAGAGAUGCUGGAAAUAGAAUGUAUGAAUUCACUGGUGAGAUUUAUCCUUUAGGAAUUGCAAUGGACCUUCAGGGCCCAGAAAUAAGGACAGGCAUAUUUAAAGGCGAUGAAACAAGCAUAGGAUACGCUGGGUUAAAAGAAGGUCACGCAGUAAAAUUAGUAACAAACGAUCUUGCAAAGCGUGCAGGAUGCGCGAGUUGUUUUUGGGUUUCUUAUCCCGAAUUGCCACGGAUUUGUCGACCUGCCGAUAAAAUUCUCAUCGAUCGGGGCGCUGUUUUGUUGCAAGUCUCUUGUGUCCGUGAGACAGAUGUAGUUUGUAGGGUUUUGAAAGGAGGUAUCGUACGAGAUGGAAAACUUGUGCAAUUAUUAGAUAGUGUAGUAGCAUUACCGCAACUGUCGAAGAAAGACGAAGAACAUAUUGAGUUAGCUUCGUUUUUGGAAUGUGACUUUUGUAUAGUGAAUCACACGCGGAACGAAAACAUGGUGGAAGCUGUUAAAACUGGGUUUAAACAAAUGGGUAUUACUAGAAUUUGUGUUAUCGCAAAACUCUCCUCGCAACAAGGUUUAGAUAGCUUUGACGAAAUUUUGGAAGUUGCGGACGGUAUUCUACUAGACAGAGCUAGUAUCGAAAUAGAAGUAGGACCUGAAAAAUUGUUUCUCGUAGAAAACUUCGUUAUUGCAAAAUGCGUAAAAAUAGGAAAACCUGUCAUAUUAAGUUAUCAUAUAUCGAAUGACUUAAAACUUGAUUUAAACUUAAUUGCAAAUGCUGUUCUAAACGGAGCUGGUGCUAUUUUUCUUAAAACUGGGUCGUUAAAUGAAAAGGAAACCGUUGAAGUAAUAAAGAACGUAGAUGCGGUUUGUAGACAAGCAGAAAGUGCUCGAUGGCAGAAAGAAAUUUUCGAUGAAUUAAAUUACAAGAUGCCAGUACCUUUGGAUCCUGCGCAUGCAAUUAUUGUAGGAGCAAUUGAGACAUCCUUAAAUUUAAAUGCUUCUGCAAUUAUUGUAACAACAACAUCCGGUCGAAGCGCCAUUUUGUUAUCAAUGUAUCGCCCUCGGUGUCCAAUUUUGGCCGUAACACGUUACGGAGCAGUGGCAAGACGGUUGCAACUAUAUUAUGGGCUUUAUCCACUUCAUUAUAAGAAGGAGCCGUUAUAUGAUUGGAAUGAAGAUAUAGAAGCACGAAUACAAAAUGGCGUCGAUUCUCUUCGAAGGAGGAAAUACAUAAAAGUUGGCGAUGCAAUCGUCAUAGUUAGCGGAUCGCGCGAAGGUGCAGGAUUUACGAAUUCUAUACGAGUGAUUUAUGUAUCACCUGGCACAGAAAAUGACGUACCGGUUAUUAAUUCUUGUUGGUGAAAUAUAACUUGAAACUAAAAAAAUAAUGUAACACUGAAAAAUGUAACAUUUUAUAACUUUAAAAAAAAUUAUUCUAUGACAUUUGUAACAAAAUAUAAUAAAAGUCGAAAAAUUGUAU